AUGGGGAGGCGGGUGGAAGCCCGGAUUCCGGCUGGGUCUUGCCGGUUCCGAGAGCAAGACUCCUUCCUUCGGCCCCAGACGCCAAGCGCCUCUAGUGCGCUGCCGGCUCACGGCGUGUUCCACACUGAGAAGCCCCCCAAGGGGCGAUGGUUCACGCCGCCCUUCGACCCGCGCUUCCCCAACCAGAACCAGACCCGCAACUGCUACCAGAACUUCCUGGAUUAUCACCGCUGCGUCAAGAAAAUGAACCUCCGCGGGAAGAGCACGCAGCCCUGCGAGUAUUACUUCCGCGUGUUCCACUCGCUGUGCCCCAUUAGCUGGGUGCAGCGCUGGACGGAGCAGAUCCAGCAGGGGACCUUCGCGGGUAAAAUCUGACGCUCUGCGCGGCUCCUUCCUGGCACCGGCCCCAGUGGCCCUCGUCCCCUCGACUCCUGGAGACCGGGGUCCGGACCCGCACCCCCCAAUCUCUAAGCGACAAAUAAAGCUAUGU